AUGGAUUUGUUUAAUGUGACACCGAGUACAGCAAGUAAUUCGGCAUUGACUGUUCCUACUUAUGUUGAUGCAUCCACUGGGAUGACACCCAACGAAGUGAAACAUGGAGUAGACGAAACUCAAGGCCAACUUACCACGGCCUCGAUUGCUGUACAAAUUCUGAAUAUUGAAAGCAGGCUAAGCAAUGAACUGAAUCGGCUGUUGUUUAGUCCUCCUGUGGCGUAUGUGUACAAUCCAUUGAAUUAUGCAUGGGAAACACAUUCCCUAUUUGUUUCUAAGUUCGGCAAUACCAAAAAACAAAUUCUUUUUGUGGGUAUGAAUCCAGGGCCUUGGGGAAUGGUCCAAACUGGGAUUCCAUUUGGAGCUGCAAGAUUGGUUCAAGAUUGGCUCGGAAUUGUCGGAACAGUUGGUCAUCCGCCUAUAGAGCAUCCUCAGCGGAAGGUCCAAGGCUUUCAAUGUCCACGUACCGAGGUUAGCGGCCAACGCUUUUGGGGUUUCUUCCGAGACAUCUGCAUUACUCCAGAAAACAUGUUCAAAAACUGUUUUGUUUACAGCUACUGUCCACUGAGCUUCAUGCACACGAGUGGCCGCAAUAUCACUCCUCCUGAAUUAAAAUCGUCGGACCGCCAAGCAAUUAUGGAAUUAUGUGACUCAUCACUUGGCGAGAUCAUCACUGUUCUGAAAGUGGAUAUCGUUAUUGGUAUCGGGAAGUUUGCUGAGUAUCGUGUACGGGAGACAGUUAAGAAGCACUCCCUAAACGUAACGAUUGGUUGCAUUCUACAUCCCAGUCCCAUCAAUCCUUCGGCCAACAAGGGCUGGAAGGAAGCUGUACUAAAAUCCAUGCAAGAAAUGAAUAUUCUCCACAUUGUUCGCGGAGAUCAGCUGCAUCAAUGUACCUAAUCAAUCAUAUUAACCCCAAGUCAACUGUUACAAACUUAAUUGACAAGGUGCAGUAUUGUUGUGAAUUUUUUAAAUUUUAAAGAACUCAAAAGCCAUUUUUAAAAUGCUAAAAAACUAAAUAACCAAGCCAUAAAGAUAUUCGUCAAAGAAUUUUGUUCUAUUGUUGUUAUCUCAUUUAACAUUGUAAAAGUUAACAUUUCUAGUUUAUUUACAUUUUUGAUCUCAGUGUGGAAAUGAAUAUACAUCUCAACUGAUACGCUAA